AUGUCUCAACAGCACUACGUGUUUAAGUACAUCAUCAUUGGUGACAGUGGUGUGGGGAAGAGCUGCCUUCUUCUUCAGUUUACCGAUAAGCGUUUUGAGCCACUGCAUGACUUGACAAUUGGAGUGGAGUUUGGCGCGCGUGUGGUGAUGAUUGAGCAAAAGAACGUAAAGCUGCAAAUUUGGGACACAGCCGGGCAGGAGAGCUUCCGCAGCAUCACUCGAAGUUACUACCGUGGUGCCUGUGGCGCGCUUCUUGUGUACGACGUCACACGUCGCGAGACAUUCACGCACCUUCAGACGUGGCUGGAGGAUGCGAGAGCGAAUGCCAACAACGCCAUUGUGAUUAUGCUGAUCGGGAACAAGUGUGAUUUAGAGGCGAAGCGGCAGGUGUCGCGGGAGGAGGGGGAGAGCUUCGCCAGGCGGAACAACCUGGUGUUUAUGGAGACCAGCGCCAAGACGGCACAAAAUGUGGAUGAUGCCUUUAUGAGAACUGCCACAAUGAUUUACGAGAACGUGCAAAAAGGGGAUUUGGACUCCGCCGUGGUGUCGGGUGGGCAGAUGCCUGCGGUUGCCGCUCCCAAGCAAAGGCCGCGAGCCGGCGACUCGGAGGGGUGCGCAUGUUGA